AUGAUUUUACUUUAAUUUUUGAUUUUUAUUUGCUUUCAACCUUUUAUUAAAAACUAAUGCGUUUAGCAAGCUGGUUAAUGUUAAGCCCCAGAUUUGACCUGUAGUUCAUGCUAAAAACCUUAUGAGGAUUGCUCGUAAGGGUAUUUAAAUGGUGCAAGCACUUCUUAAACACCAUCAAAGUGCUCAGAUUAGUACGCAUUUUAUACUGAUUUGGGAAGUUGUUACAAUUAAUGUCCUUCAGGAUACUCAUAAGCUGAAGCGUUAUAUGAAUGCGAUAUAUGCUAUCCGCGCUAGUGCUAAUAAUGUAGUCCCAAUGGAUGCCUAAGCUGUAUACCUGGAUAAACUUUUAACCCUGUCAAUAGUUCAUGUAUAUCGAAUUGCGGUAGUAAUAAUUAGUUUGGUACUCUAGCAAAUACAUGUGAAGAUUAUUGCCCUAAUUAAAUUUACUAUUAUGAGGACUUUCAGACUAUGAACUGUCAGUAAAUUGAAAUUUGUAAUUCAGUCAGGGUAUAUGAAAAUUUAGAUCAAAGUAAUCCUCCAUCUUCUCAGUAUAUUUCUCAUCUUUUUUCAAUAAACAAAGACUUGAUAAUUAGCGUCACACAAUCUGGAGAAAUUUACGUUAGAAACUAUCCCAGAUUAGAUACUGUGAUAUACUAAAAAUUAAAUAAUUAAUAAAUUUAAAAUACAUUUAAUUUUUGUAGCUUUUUGUCUUAGAAUGACUAGCUAAAUCUAUUUAUUACAUGCUUUACUACUCCUGUGUAUUAAAUAGUGUAAUUAAGACUAAAUGACUUUAGGUAAUUUUAUAUGCUUGGACCUACUUCUUCAAGCGUAAGUAUGACUGUAAGCAAUUAAAAUUUCGUUUAUUUUGUCUGCGUUUUGCAUGAUGAAACUCAGGUCUUUGAAUUUUCAUAUUAGUUUUUACCUAGUUAUCAAAACUCCUAACAGUAUUAGAAAAAUACAUAUUACAUUGAUUACAAGCUUGGCUUUGAAGAAGUUUUUGACUUGUAUGUCUAUCCAAAAGUAUUCAUUUAAUACAUAGCCCCCUUAGCCUAUGGUAGUAGCUAUGGUUGCUUUUUUAUAGAUCAAACAGGCAAUAAGUACAGAAUAGAUACUCUUUCAAAUCCUGCUGUUAACUGUUAUUUAACUUAAAUGACCACAGAUGUUAGAACGCUGAUCGCCUAUAAUGGAAAUACUUACUAAUUCGUUUAUAUAAAUAGCAAUACUACUUAUACUUAUUAUAAUGUUUAAACAUUACCAAACAGUAUUUUGCAGCUAGUUUCAAUAGGAUAAAAAAUGUUCGCUGAAUGUGUAGGUAGCAUACUACAGGUAUAUAAUAUAAAUUUAAAGUAGUUAAUCCUAGAUACCUAUUCUACCUAGGUACUUUCCUCAUUUACUAAUGCAUAUAGCUAACUCUAAUUCCUAUAAGAUCACAUAAUUAUCGUUUAGAGUUAAUUGCUAUUCUUAUACAAAUUUAAUAGCAAUCAACAACUUUUCUUGCUAAAAUAAAUAAAAACGAACACAGAUACAAUAAAUUCUUUGUAGAUCAACUAUAAAACAGAUACUUAAUUUGAAUUUCUUAUACAAAAGAGUAAUAACUUGUUAUAGUUAUUUACUUUUAGUACUAAUUCUCCAACAGAAUUAGCAAAAAGCACCGUUUCAUUAAUAAACCAACCUGAAGUUUUAUAUACAUAGCCUUAUAUUACUGGUACUUAAAUUAUUUAGCUGUCAAAUUUUAAUUAAUGGAUAGAAUUUAAAUAAGCUGGAUAUGCUUUUAUUUAUUCAAGCCAAGGAAAUAGCUAAGCUCUGUAAGGAUCAGUAUCAGGAAUAAUGAAAGUCUGGGAUUUAGAUUUAACUAUAGCAAGAGAUGUUUACUAUAAUGUUCUUAAUUUUAACUCUACAACUGUUAUAUUAGGUGGUAUAGUUUCUUCUAAUUAGCUUCAAGUUAUUUUCGUUGAUAAACUUACAUUAUCUACAACCUACAAGCAAUUAUUGAGUGGAACUAGUUCAAAUAUUAUUUCUUCAAUAACAAAUAUUAGUGCCCCCUAAGCAUUUUAUUCUUCAAAAAAUAUUUCUGUAAUUAUAACAGGAUGUAAUAAAAGCUCUGUUUGUUAUUCCAGCUUUUUUGUAUCACCAAUUCAAACUCAAAGCUAACAGCUAAACUUUACUUUCUAAGUUACCCAAACAAACAAUAUUUUAUAUUCUUUUGUGUCAACUCAAAGUUAAAAGCUCUUAAUUAUCUCUGGAACAGCAGGUUCUUAUAAAUUGAUAUCAUAUAAUUACUUAGGAGCUUAAGAAAAUGCUUACUCAAACUUAUAAAAUUUAUCUGGAUACAUUUAAGGAUACUUAUAAGAUAGUAACAGUAUCUUCUAUUUAAUCGCUAAUUAGAAUAUGUAUAAAAUAAAUGUCUCAACAAACAGUAUUAUUGCAACUAUAAAUUUCCCAAGUAGUAAUCAAAUAAUAAUAUCUAAAGAUUUCUAGUUUUAUACUAUUGAAUACAUCCAAUAAGGAACAUCAUCAUAUAGUGUUUCAUUUGAGUUUGGAGAUCUUAUUAAAUUUUAUAAAAAAAAAAUUUAAAUUGGCUCAGCAUCAAGUCCAUCAAGCGUUUAAAGUUAAAUUUCAUGGAAUGGAAAUUAUUGUGUUAUCUUCAGUGUAUCUAAUGUUAUGUUAUUUAACAUGGUAAAGAAUACUACAGAUUAUCAGCAAGCAUUUUCAAAAAUAAGUGCUACUUCCUAAAUUGUCACAUUUUAAGGAGAUUAUGUAUAGCUAUAUGAUACAGGAUUGAUAUCAACAUAUUCUAUUUCUUUUAAUAAAAUUGUAUUUAACCAAUAUCUAGCAAGUGGUUAGGGUCUUUAUUCAUUUAUAUAAUAACUAACUUUUAAUAACAAUAUUCCAGCAUAUUUGGGUACAUCUUAAAACAUAUAGUUAGCUUCUAAUUAUUCUAGUUCAAUCAUUUUCUAUUACAAAAAUGCUAUACCAGAUAGCACGAUAGUAUAUUUCAAUUUUAUUCCUGUCUUAAAUAAAGGUAUUUAUAUAUCUUCAACCUAAGUUACAGUGAGAGACUAUAAUCUAAACUUAGAUUAAGUAGCUUCUUAUAAUUAUUUUACCUCGCUCAAUCCAUCAUUUGAUAAAAUUUAUGAUUGCAUAUAUGAUAAUAAUAGCAAUAUAUUUAUAAUCCUUCCAUAAAGUAUUUUAAUAUUCAACCUCACAUCUAAUUCUUAUAGUAGUAAUAUAUACUAAUUUAACUAUUAGAUGACUUCAUAUUAAAUUGAUACUUAUCAUCUAAGAUUGUAUGCUUUUAUUAAUUCAACUAUCAUUCAACUUAGCCUAAAGGAUUUUUAAAGCAAGAUUGUUUGUCAAUAUCUUAACUACGAUGAUAGUACUAUAUAACCAAGAGGAAUUUUCUAUAGCUUUAAAAUGAAUUCUAUAGUGAGUUACUAUAGAUAAAAUGUUAUUUUUUAUGAUGCAACAAGUAAUUAAAUAACUACAGUUCAAUUUACUGAUAUAAUUUUAGGAAUGUAUUAUUUUUCUUAAAACGAUUAUAUAGUAGUUUAUUAAAAGUCUUUUUGUAAUAUUCUUUGGCAAUCAACUACUUUUUCAAAAACUUUCAUUUAACUUUCUCAAAUUCCUUAAUGCUUGAAAGACACCACUCUUGUUGUUUCGUUUUUACCAAUACUAGACUCUUUUGCUAUAUACACAUCUAUGUUAAAUUAAUUAUAGCUUUAUAGAUAGAAUUUAUAUAGAGACGGUUAUAGCUUAUCUUCCUAUGCAGUAAAUCAAGUAUCUAACAUCAUUAUAGAUUAAACAAAUCUUUAUCUUUUUGUAGCAACUGAUAAAGGUCAUCUGUUAAUGUUUAAUUUGGGCAAUCAUGUAUUUAGCCUUUAAUACAGGAAUACAUAACCAAGUAUACAAAUUAGUAGGUCUUUGGCUUAUGACGAAUAGAAUGCACUUGUUUUUUUGAGAGCAAAUAACACAUUUUAAAUCUUCGAUGCAAAAAAAUAACAAAUAUUUUACACUAGAUAGGUAGAUCCAUAAACAAAGAUUUCUUUAGACAAUAACUACAAUAUGAUAGUAGGUAGUAGCUUUAACGAAUUUUUCUUGAUUGAUUAUGUUAGUAUUUUAUAAGAUUAUAGUAAAUCUCUUCCUUUUAAUUUUGAACCUUAAAUUUACAAAUUAAAUCAAUUAAGUGUAAUCCUCAUCAAUAAAUUUGAAUGUAGUAUAAAAUCUUAUGUAAAUGGAUAGUUAGCAGAUUAUAUUGCUUUUAAUAAUAAAUCAGUAUGUAACAUCAAUAUGCUCAUUUACUAUUAGAGCAAUAUAGAUCCUGCGACAUACUAUUUAAUAAUUGUUUAUGAUGGAUUGCAAAUUAGUUAUUAAUUAUAGCCUGAUUCAAGCUUAAAACAAAUUUCUACUUAAAUUCUUGACGAAGAUAUUAGAAAAGUUAAUUAAAUAGUUUCUAGUAAUAGUUAAUCACCAUAUACCGUAUUCCAAACAUAAAGCAGAAUUAUCAAAUUACUGAGUAUAAAUAUAAAAUAAGGUAAUUAAGUUUAAAACUUGUAAAAUCUAUACUAGCUAAGUCCUAACGAAGAGCUUUUACACAUUUUUGGUGAUCAAUCUUUACUGAUUUUUAAUUUUUCUACACUUACUGUAAAUUUAUUUUAAAAUUAGUAAGUGGUUAAAUAAUAAACUAUUACUGAUUCUGUUACUGGUUUGAUAUCUCAUUAAAUUAUCUCAGACUCUAACAAACUAGUUGGUCUUGUUUUUAAUGAAAAUAUUUACUUGAUUUCAUUAGGUUAAUAAUCAGCACAAAGCUCAAUGACUACUAUUCCAAUGAACUUUCCAAAAAAGUAGAAUGUGAUGGCUUUCUUUGACUUGAAUUUUAAGAGGAUUUUUAUACAUUCAUCUAGAUAUAGUGGAGUUGCUAUAUAUGAUUAUAAAAAUCUAGUUUGGAUGAGUAUUGUCCUGCCAACUUAUGCAGAAAGAAUAUUGUCAGAUAGCAUGUACUUAUUUUUUGUAAGUAAAAAUUCAAUUGUCAUUUAUAGUUUAAGAGAACUUAAGUAUGUUAACAUUAUUAGAACCUUAAAAUCAGUUAAGGAUAUCAAAUAAAUAAACUCUCUUUAAAAUCCAUCAGUUCUGGUAAUAUAAUCUGUUGAUAAAGUUACGAUAUAUUUGUUAUAAGUUGGAAUUAUUUAAGUUGCGAAAACUAGUCAACAGUUACCUUCAUAUAAAUUAACAAAUGUGUAUCUCGAUAAUUCCUUAUCUAAUGUUUACAAUGUAGUUUUUGAAGGUUACUCAUACAAAUAUUAUUUUUCACUAAAUUUAAACCUCAAUUAAAUAGGAAAUAAUUUAUGUGAUUAAGUAAUACCAAUAUACCCUUUUACAUACAACAUGUAUACUCUUUUAAAUUUAUAAAGAUCAGAUUAUUAAGUUACAAAAUCUCAAGGUAUCAGUAUCUAAAACUCUCAUUUUAGGUUUUAUGACAACUCGUCUUUUAAUUUAAUGAAGGCAUCUGAUUUCUAUUUAGAUAAUAGAGCAGUUGUUUCAUUUGUAGGCUAUGUUACUCCUUUCACAAAGGUUUAGGUUCUCCCAAAUCUGAACAUCAAUAAUACUUUUAGCAACAAUUAAGGUGCUUGCAUAUUCAAAAAUUUAGAGCUUUUAUUUCCUUAAAGCUUGAAUUUAAAUGUAAAUUUUAACUGCAACUACAUAGUUUUGGACUAUCUAAAGCUGACAAUUUAAACAAACUCUUUAAUUCUCAACUUUACAUCUGCAUUUGAUAUAAAAAUUAGGAAUCUCUUUAUCAGUGGUCUUAACGAUAAUAAUCCAUCUACAAGCAUGCAACUUAACUUUAUUGCUCAAGAUUCUAUAAACAUACAGAAUUUUUAUAUUUAGGAUUCUGUUAUCAGCUAAAUAAGUAAUCCUAUUUUUACUAUAACAGCUUCAAACAUCAUAUAAAUAGAUACAUUUUAGAUAUAAAAUUGCUCAUUAUAGCAAAAUAGCUCACCAUUUAUGAUUAUUUCAUCCUCUAUCUAGUUAUAGAUAAACAAUCUCAUUAUGAACAAUUUAUUUUUGUAAUCAAAUACAUUUAAUAGUAUGAUAACCAUGCAAUAUGUAAAUCAGCUAUCUUUAAACUCAGUAAAACUGCAAAAUGUUACAGACUAACAAUUAACUGGCUAACAAUAUAACAGCUUGCUCUACUUGUAACAGACAUCUAAUAACUUUACUUCAUCAAUAUCUUUAAAUUAGUUAGAUAUCUAAAGUUCUCUUUUUUAAAACUCUAAUUUUAUAUUACUAACGUCAGUUAGCUAGCUGCUUAACAUGUAAGUCUCAAUUUUCAAUUGCACUUUUAUGGAUAAUAAAGUAAAUGAAAUUUUUAGUGUUGAUAACAGUAAUCCUUAAUUCAAAUUAAACUUGCAGAAUUUAUUAGUAAAUAGUGUGAAAUUUAAAAACUACAUACUCUUCAAUAACAGAAUUAAUAUGAACUAUAAUAAUCAAAGAAUAUUUACUUUAAACAAUCUUGUACUUAAUAAUUGUAAUUAUACUUUAGAGCUAAAUAAUUUAAAUACAUUAUUGCAUUUUAAUAUAUUUUUGUUGAAUCUCUAAGAAUUCUAGACUGUCACUCUAAGCUCGAUCAAUCUUAACUAAAUUUAGAUUGAUAUACAUUUCACUUAGUUAACUUUUAGCGCAUAAGAUCCAUCAACUACAAUAGCUUAAGUUAAUUAUUACUUUAUGAACCUAGAAAAUAUUCAGGUCCUUACAAUAAAUGAUUUUUAAGUUAAAAAUUCAAAACAUUAUUAAGAUAAAAAACUGAUUCUACUCUAAAUUCUAGACACAUAUAAAACUAAUAUCACAAAUAUAUCAAUAACAAACACAGAUAAAGUAAGUUUGUUAAAGUAUGAACAGACAAACUUAGAUAACAAUAAAAUCCUCUCAACUCUUAUAGGCCAAUAAUCUUAAUUAACAGAUGCAAAUUAAUUAAAGCUAACAAGCCUAUUUCUUACAAAUAUGACAUUUUAUAAUAACACAAUUAUCAACAGAAUAAUUUAAAUAAACUAUUUAUAUUAAUUAGAAAUAAAUAAUGCAACAAUUAAGACUAUUAACAUUGGAAAUUAAAUCAGUUCACCUAUUUUUGCUUCAAAUUUAUUACAAAUAAACUUAAAAGUUUUAGACAUUGAAAACAUUUAAAAUUUCUAAGAUAGUUUGAUAACAGUGCAGUAAGUAACAUUUAUUGAUAUUAGUUUCUCCAAAUUUUUAAAUUUGAAAACAAUCGGCAGUGGAGCAGCAGCUAAUUUCACUGAGUGUAAUUAAAUUUAACUAAAUCAAAACUCAUUCUUAAACUUAAAGUCUUUGUAAAACGGUGGAGCAAUAGUAAUCCUUCACACUCCGAACAGUGUCUAGCUUAACAAUAACUUUUUUAUUGAUUGCUCAUGCUAAUCUGGAUCAGGUGGAGCUCUUUAUGCACAAAAUUCAAUAUUUUAAAGUAUUUUAAGUAAUUAGUUCACUGGUAAUUAAGCUUUACUAGGCUCGGGUGGUGCCAUUUACUUAGAGAACUCAGAUAUUUUACUCUUCCUUUAGAAUUUAUUUGAAAAUAACAGUGCUUAAAUUGGAGGAGCUCUAAGAUAUACACUUUUGAGACCCAAAGUUUUAUUAAAUGUAUCAAGAUAGGUCAGAUUUCUAAGUUAUUAAAACACAUUUUAGAACAACAAAGCUUUUUUAUAUGGGUAGGACUUAGGUUCUUACCCAACUAAACUUAUAAUGAAGGGGUAACUUAACUAAGAAUUAGUCGUUUAAGAUAUUUAAAGUGGUAGUUAGCCACUUAAACCUAUAGAAAUUUAAUUUGUGGAUGAAGAAAAUGAAGUAAUUAACUUUCCAUUUUAAAAUUAAACUAAUUUAGAAAGCUCUAUCCUUAGCUAAUAUUAAUAAUAUCAACUUGUCAUCAAAAGUAACAAUAUAGAUCUUUCUGGUAUACUAACAUAACAAUAUAACUAUGAAAAAAAAGCCUUUAUUUUUGAAGUAUAAAUGAUUUAUUUACCAAAUAAGAAUAGUACUUUUUCAAUAUAAUCUGAUAGCAAAAUAUAAAUGUUUACAAGCAGUAUAGAACAAAAUGUUUAAAAUCUUAUUAUAAAUGCUACAAUAAAAGCUAUUUUCCGUCCAUGUCUAAUAGGUGAAGAAUAAAGAAGUAUUGAUAAUCACAUCAUAUGCUUUUAGUGUCCAUAAGGAUAUUACAGUAUUCUUGAUCCUAUGAAAAAUUCAACUCAUUAGUGUUAAGUUUGUCCAUAGGGAACUGUAAGCUGCUAAAGUAAUUAACUGAACUUAUAGAAUGGAUAUUGGAGAGCAAAUAAUGAAACUGAUUAAGUUAUUGAAUGUGAUUCAGGAGGGGCUUUUUGUGUUCCAGAAGAUAGCAAUAACAAAUUUGGUUGCUUAGAGGGGCAUGUUGGUCCUAUUUGUUCUCUUUGCGAUAAUUAUUAGAAAGUUUGGGAUACAAAAUAUACAGCAAUUAAUACAAAAGGAGAUUGUGCUAAAUGCUCUUAAUCAAUCAACGCACUCAAUAUGAUAUUCUAUAUCGUUUUAGCUGGUAUUAUUUUUGGUUACCUUAUGACAUAAAUUUAAAAAUAAGUAAUCAUUUGUCAGUAGAAAAUUUUAGUAAGGUAUGUAAAAAUUGUAUUUAAUACAAUUGUUUCUAGAAAUGCUAUUUCCACAGUCACUGUUACAUUUUUUAAACAGCUCACAAGUUAUUUGUAAUUCCUUAUGCUAAUUAGGUAAUUAUAACUAGAAACACCUUCAUUUUCUUAGUAUUUUGAAUAUGCAGGAGGUAAUCCAUCUGCUGUUUUCAAGUAUAACCUAGAUUGUUUUGCACCUUAAUUUGAAAAGCGUGAUGUACCAAUAUAUGUGAUAAGAGUACUGUGGACUAUGGUCUAGCCUUUAACUUUAUUUAUAGCAAUAUAAAUAGUUUUUUUGUUAUAUCCAAAAAGAAGUUAUAUUUCAACCCAACAUGGAUAUUUGACUUUUCUGAUUAUUUACAUUUUUUACUUUCCCUCUAUCAAUGAUAUAACUAUUUCUGCUUUAUCAUGCAGAUAAAUAGGUACUAAAUCAUAUAUUUAAUUAGACUUUAACUAGUUGUGCUGGGACUAAAAUCACAUAAAAUAUACAUUAAGGUUGAUAGCUCCUAUUUUUGUUAUAGUUAACUUUAUAAUUCCAGCUAUCCUUUUUAUUAAAAUGAAUUAAUUAAGAAAGAAUCUACAUUCUCUUCUAUUUAAAAUCAACUAUCAAUAUGGAUACCUAUUUUAAGAAUAUAAACAAGAGGCUUAUUAUUGGGAAUUGGUUAAGCUCUUUAUUAGAGUUUCAACAAUUUUUACAAUUAAAAUGUUUAGCACUAGUGUAUAUGUGCAAGGAUUUAUUAUUGUUGCCUAUCUUUCAAUAUUUAAAGAGUUAUCUCUUAGAAUUCAACCCUAUAAUUAAUAGUUUUUUAACUAAAUCGAAGUGACUUCAUUGAAUACUAUCAUAUUUACAUUUUAUAUUCUUCUCUAUGCUAACUAUCAAAAUAACUAGAUAGUAUCUCAAGUUGUAUGGAUUUUAGUAUACCUUUUAAAUGGAUUGUUUUUGGGCAAAUUAUUCUUCUUUUGUGUUGAGAAUGUUUUACUCAAAAUACCGAUAUUUAAAUAUGUAGCCAAUAGAAUCUAUUUGGUCAGAUUACCUUUCUUUAAAACUAUCAGACUUAAAUUUAAUAUACCAAACGAAAACUUGACUAGAAAAAGUCUAAAAUACUGGAAAAAACUUAGAAUUACGUUUCACUUGUCCAAAAAUAAAGAUGAAUUUAUUGAGAAAUUCAGUAAAAAAAUAAGGUAAAAAGUCAUUAAAUCAAACACAAUUUAAGUUAGAUAAAGCUUUAUUAAAACUCCAAGUAAGACAGCUUUUAGAAAUAAAUCAAAGAGCCUCUUUUUCUAAGAUCCUUUACCUUUAUCUUCUCGUAGUCAAUCAAUAGUAUUUAGCAAUGUUAAUUUAAAGAAAAAAUGA